AAGUAACUUCGAAGGACUCUGUGUCGAAGAAAUACUGUUCGCCACCACCCGAAAUUAAUGAAGAGUUAAUCAAACGUAAAAAAAGAAAACGUGUUUAUAAUAUAGAAGAGAAAUACUAUACUUUUGCAUGUGCUUCUGUGGAUUCGUCACCGCCUCGCCUCCAUCCCAUGUUCAUGCGGCGUCGGCUAGCAGAAUGGGCGCGCCAGUCAACUCGACUACAAUGUGAAAACAUGGAACUUGUCACGAAGAUCAGGCGACAGUUUUUACUUGGAGGUAGAGUCGACAGUCGCUGGCAGCAUCGCCCGUCUGCUUCCACACAAUACUACCAGAACCGCGUGAACUUUUUGCAGAGAGUCCAAAAGGAGAAUCAAUAUUUAUAUAAACGUAUUAUAUACACAAAUCCGAGAGUCACCAUCACAAAAACACAUAAACAAGAUUGGGUGCGGAAUCGACACGAAAUUGUGAUCAAAGCGCAGUGCAAGUUCGUCCUGUUUCCUCCCGUACCGCAUGAAGAUAUCGAGGAUUUAGCUUUUGUAUCUCCAGUUGGGGUGAAACGGCCUAGAGUUUAUUUAACCCUGCGCAUUCGAGGAGGCGCCAUGAUUGGCGAGCUCGGUGUGGAGUUGUUCACGGAUGUGUGUCCCCUAACUUGCCAACUAUUCACGGAGCUACUCGCUGGAGAUGGCGUUGGCUAUAGCUACGUAGGAACACGCUUUUUUAGGAAAGUGCCUAAUUUAUACUGGAGCGGCGGUGACGUGGUACGUGAUAAUGGAUUUGGUUGCUACGCACAGAAAGGGCGCAGACGACCGAUAGGUGCCGAGAACUACCACUUCUCCCAUUCUAUGCAAGGGCUACUGUCAAUGCGCGUCACACGUGAUGAUGAAGUUUGCGCCAUUUUUAACAUUACUUUCAAGCCGCUCACGCAGUUCGACUUGCAGAAUAUAAUCUUUGGCAGGGUGAUUCGUCCAUGUAACACGUACAACAGCAUCCGCGAGAUUGGCUCGGCGUUCAACUCGCAGCCGGUUGUAGAAGUGGUCGCCACCAGACGCCGCGUGGGUCGGCGCUGGCUCCACGGGCUGCGCAACACUAACCUAACUUCACUGCACAAUAUCAGGAUGCGCAAUAGAGAGUCUUAAUCAUUAGCUUCUCGAGUUCUGUUUAAUUGUAUAUAGUUAUCUUAAACUAGCCGAACGGAUUAGUUAAAUAGAGAUAAAGGUGUAUGUUCACAUAUAGUUUACUACGUGGUUAGAUGCCAUGCCUUUUUGACAUCUAGCACUUCAUUUUACGUGGACAGCGUUUAAUAAAUAUUUGCCAUUCUGGAUAAAUAAAAAGACAACGCGGCCUCGGCAGGAAAAUGCAUUAUCGGAGCUGUUAAAUUUAAUGUUUUGUCAGUGUACGUUAAUUAAUUUAAUUGUAAAAUACAAAUAAAGUGAAUGAU